UUAAAAGCAAUUUAUUUACUCACAGUUAUCCCUAGGAAAAGCUUAGCUCAAGUAUUACUCCACUUUUCACGUUAUUAACGCAACGCUAACAACUUCUUCUAUAUAAGGAGGAUCAAUCCCUUCUCUCUCUCUCAAUUUCAAUUUCACUCAUCACACACACAAAAAAAAAAUCAUGUAUUUCCCCUCUCAAUUCGAGUACAUGCAUCUCCGAGCAUCGAUACAGAAACAGACCGAUAUUUCUACGAUGCUCGCUAAGCAUGUGUUCUUUAGCAAAUUUGAAUCCACUGAAUCCAACCCCAACGAUGCAAACAUGGUGUUUUCCCCUCUAUCUAUUCAAAUAGUUCUCGGGCUUAUUGCUGCAGGUUCAAGUGGUGAUACAUUGGAACAAUUGUUGAGUUUCCUCAAAUUCAACUCUGUUGAUGAACUUAACUCUGUUUAUUCGCGGAUUAUCGCCAAUGUUUUAGCCAAUGGAAGUACAAUGGGAGGUCCUCGUUUGUCCGUUGCUAAUGGAGCUUGGAUUAAACAAACUCUGGAUUUUAAUCCUUCUUUCAAACAAGUUAUGGACAAUGUUUAUAAGGCUGCUGCUGCUUCUGUUGAUUCUCAGCAUGUAUAUGUUUCUCCCAAAAAUGUUGGGGUGCGCAAGUUUCUUAUUCCUAAGUUCAAAAUAUUUUUCGGAAUUGAAGCUUCUAAGGUUCUAAAAGGACUCGGACUCACACUACCUUUUAUUGAUGGUCUCACUGAGAUGGUGGUUAAUGAUUUCCCUCUAGCAGUUUCAAAAGUUUUUCAUAAGUCGUUUGUUGAAGUAAACGAGGAAGGUACAGAAGCUGCAGCUGUUAAUACUUUCACAAUGGGACCCGGUUGCUGUAGGACGAUGGUUAAAGAGGAGCGGAUAGACUUUGUUGCUGAUCAUCCCUUUUUGUUCUUUGUGAAAGAUGAGACUUCUAGUGUUGUUUUGUUCACGGGAACUCUGUUGAAUCCUCUUGCUGUUUAGCAUGUUGCUUCACUACUUUCAUUAAUCAUUUUUAUUUAGUUAGGAGCAUAUUGAUGUUACGUUUAUUUUUGUAGUAUUUUUCAAAGUAUGCUUACUACUGCCUCAGUUUGUUUAUAGCAAGUUCUUUUUUUCGGUUUUUUUCACUUGUAGAACUUAUU